AUGGUCACCGUAUCGCAAAGUAGCGACACAGGUUCAAUCCGUACGCAACUUUCGGGAACAGUCGUUGGUUCCGCACAAGCUUCUCCACAAGAUGAUUCUUUCCCCAAGAUUAGUACGGAUAACGUUUCGAUUCAUAAUUCGCCAUCGAGUACCUCCCUUGCGCGACCUGUCAUUAAAAUUGCAGAAUCAACACGAACUUCUUCUCCACCGCCUUGUUCGCUCAGUUCGCAGCAUGAUUGUCUGAGAAGCAAGCACCCCGAUGAUCCACAAGCAUGUCCCACAGUAUAUGACACUCCGUCCGAACCAGUUCCAGGAGUAAGAGCAGCCAAUUUUCCAUUCCCGCAUCCAAUUCUACUAUAGCUCAUAAAAAAGGUUGAUACACUGCCCUCUGCGGCACAUUUGUACUUUUUAUUUUCGAUUAUGAUCAGGUAGUAGCAAGUAUUUGUCGACGAUGCCGACAAGCAUUAA